CUCUCGCGGCAGCAGCAGGACCGGAGCACCGACUCCCUCCGCCGCCUUCACUCCGCGCUGUCCCCGCUCUCACAGCCGUCCUGCCCCGGGGAAACCUGCCCGGGAACCCACCGGGGAGCCAGCCGGGAGCCAGCCGAGGCUCCGGAGCCGCUGGCCGGACUCUGACGUCGAGUUUUCAGACGCCGAAUGAGGACAGAACGCCGUCUGUAUCUGUCCUCUCUUUGAAUUGCCGUCUUCCCCUGCUGCAGCCCGAGGACGAGGACGAGGAUGUGCAGCGAUGUCCCCAGAGGCGCGUGAGACGCUGAACGCGCCCGCCGAACCCGCCCGUCUCGCACACACACGGUCGUGACGCCGCCGCGGCCCGACGCCAUGCAGCUCCUCCUCCUGUGAGCGUCCCGAGCAGCAGCGGGAGGCGGGGCCGAGGGCGGGGCGAGGGGAGACAUGUCCCGGCGCGGGGCCCCCGGCGCCGUGCGCCCGCUGGGCGCCGAGGCCCUGGUGGCCCUGCUGGAGGGCGGCCUGGACCGCGUGGUGCUGAUCGACAGCCGGCCCUUCGUGGACUACAACGCGUCGCACAUCCUGGAGGCCGUCAACGUCAACUGCUCCAAGCUGAUGAAGAGGAGGCUGCAGCAGGACAAGGUGCAGAUCCAGGAGCUGCUGCAGCACUCCGCCAAGAACAAGCUGCAGCUGCAGGCUGAUCAGGAGGUGGUGGUGUACGACCAGAGCUCCUCAGACCCGGCGGCUCUCAGCACCGAGUCCUUCCUCUGCGUUCUGCUGCUCAAACUGGAGAGAAGCUUCCCCUCCGUCCACCUGCUGUCAGGCGGCUUCUCGCAGUUCUCCCACCUCUUCCCGGGGCUGUGCGAGGGGAAGUCGGCCCUGCUGCCCUCCUGCGCCUCCCAGCCCUGCCCCCCCGUCGCCAGCCUGGGCCCCACCCGCAUCCUGCCCCACCUGUACCUGGGCUGCCAGAGGGACGUCCUCAACCAGGAAGUGAUGCAGCAGAACGACAUCGUCUUCGUGCUGAACGCCAGCAACACGUGUCCCAAACCGGACUUCAUCCCGGACUCCCACUUCCUGAGGGUCCCGGUCAACGACUCCUUCUGCGAGAAGAUCCUCCCCUGGCUGGACCGAUCGCUGGACUUCAUCGAAAAAGCCAAAGCGUGCAACGCCCGGGUCCUGGUCCACUGUCUGGCUGGAAUCUCGCGCUCGGCCACCAUCGCCAUCGCCUACAUCAUGAAGAGGAUGGACAUGUCUCUGGACGAGGCCUACAGGUUCGUGAAGGAGAAGCGUCCCACCAUCUCCCCCAACUUCAACUUCCUGGGUCAGCUGCUGGACUUUGAGAAGAAGAUAAAGAGUCCUCACGGUACGGAGACCAAGCUGCGGUCCCUCCAGCAGGGGGAGCCCGGGUCGGAGGCGGCGUCGGCCAGGCCGGACGCCGCCGCCGCCGCCGGUCCGGCUCUGUUGGAGCCGCUGACGCUGCCCUGCGUUCUGGCCGACGCCCCCGAGGAGCGCCGGCUGGCCCAGGCUCUGAGCGGCCUGGCGCUGGCCGACGGCGGCGAGGACAGCUCGCGGCUGAAGCGCUCCUUUUCCCUGGACAUCAAGUCGUACGGCGAGCCCGGCGGGGGCGCCGCGCACUGCGUCUUCGUGCCUCACGUCGGCGCCGCAGACGCCACGGACUUCUACAAAGCGUCGGCGUUUAAGGAGAGCAAGGCGUGUCAGUUCUCGCCGGUGCAGGAAGUGUCGGAGCAGUCGACGCCGGAGCAGAGUCCCGAUAAGGAGGAGGCGGACUCUGCACAGGGACCGCCGCCGCCGGCCUCCAGCAGCUUCACCAAGCCUCCGCCCCCCUCCCCGAACUGUCCACACCCGCUGCACCGGAGUGGCAGCAUGGAGGAGAGCGCCACCAGCUUCCUGUUCGGCCUGUCGCGCAGCCAGCAGCACCUGGCCAAGCCGGGGCCGUGCGGCGGCGGCGGCGGCGGCGCCCUGAAGGGCUGGCACUCCGACAUCCUGCUGGGACCCGUCACCGUCUCCACCUCCUCCCUGAGCGGCGGCUGGUACCUCUCCUCCGACUCCGCCCGCUUCUACUCCACCUCCGCCAUCCUGAGCGGCGGCGGCGGCUUCGCGGCGUUUGGCUGCGGCCACGGCCUGGAGGCGGUGCGGCGGCGCAGCCGGCAGCGGACGGGCGACCGCGGCGACUCCCGGAGGAGCUGGCACGAGGAGAGCAGCUUCGAGAAGCAGCUGAAGAGGCGCAGCUGCCAGAUGGAGUUCGGAGACGGGCGGGCGGGCGAGGAGAUGGUGAAGGGGGGCAGCCAGUCCAGCUUCUCCGGCAGCAUGGAGGUCAUCGAGGUGUCCUGAGGCACGGCGGCGCACGGUUCGAUUCCUCCGGCAGCCGGGCAGCACACACGGCGACGUCGGUCUGUUAGCAACAGAGUUCACGGUUAAUGGAACCGAGAAGGAAAACUGCUCAGCAGAAAAUCUGAAAGCUGCAACUCUGUCAACCUCUCUGCUCUGACUGUGUCUCCACGGCGACCUCUCUGCUCUGACUGUGUCUCCACGGCGACCUCUCUGCUCUGACUGUGUCUCCACGGCGACCUCUCUGCUCUGACUGUGUUUCCACGGCGACGUCUCUGCUCUGACUUUGUUUCCACGGUGACCUCUCUUCUCUGUGUUUCCAUGGCGACCCCUUUUUUCUUUGCACGUUUCUGAUCUUCAACAUCGUCUUUGCUGUAAUUUUUAGGUUCUUUUAAAUUAAAGAAGUUAUGGAUGCUUACGCCGAUGUUAUAAACUGAACAAAAAUCAGGAUUUUUCUCUCUAUGCUAAGAUUUUUUUUUGGUAACUUUUCAUGAUUGACGGUUGAGCAGCUGCAGUGCUCAGUGAGGCCACCAGAGGGCGUUUUCACAAUAUAAUGGACACCAGUGAAAGCUGUGGUUUUUUUGGUGAAUUUUUUUCUUUUCAUUUCAGAUUUAAAAAAAUAAUUUGCAGACUGAUUAAAAAUAACGCUUUGGUAUCGACUGUGGCGUCGCCGAUGUGUGCCGCAGCUGGCCAGACUCUGAGGCGGCCAAUCAGAGGAGACUCACCUGAGGUCAGGUGAUCACAGACUGUUUGACAGGUAAUCUUUGCACUCCGGCUCAGAGCCAGCGUCUGAGUUCAGGUUCAAAUAAAACAAAAGGAAAAAAAAAAAUCUGUCACUCUCUUCUUCAUAUUUACAGUCAUACUGAACCCGAGAG